AUACAGAUUGUUUCAUAGGCAAUACAAAAUUUCAGUUAAGGCUUAACUGCCAGUUAUUUGUUCCUUGUUGACUUUCUACUUAAAAAUGUAAUGUCCUAGAAAUAAGUAAUUAAUGACCAACAUGACAAGAGAGGACAAAAGACGACACAAGAAGACAUAUGUAAAUAGCCACAAAAAGACAGACAGCAAGCUUAUUAUGUAUAUUUAAGAAUUUUGACGUCAGCAGUAGAAACCUUUUUUUUAUUGUUAGCUUGUGCGUACCAGGUCAUUUAUUUGAUUCAUAAUAGCUUUGUUGUUGCUUAUUGCACAAUUAAAUCAAUCUAAUCAUCUAAACAAUCUCAUUAAAAAAAGUCCGCAUUGAAAGCAUUAAAAAAAAAGUUGAUACGAAUUUCUCAAUUCGAUAAAAAAUAAAGAUGGGUUUAUCAUCUGGCAUUGUUUUAUUUAUGGGUUAUAUUUUUUUCGUUCUAGUAAUUUGUUAUUCGAAUUGUUCGAACUUUAAAUUUACUACCUCGACGCCGAAAAAGAUUACCUACUAUUUUGGCAGUCCUGAAUAUUUUACUAUCCGGUGUAAAACAAGCUCCCCGGCAGAGAUAUCAUGGCAGAAAUGCUCUGCACUUUCUGAAAGUAUUGUUUACUGCGAUGAGAAAUCUGCGAAGGAUCACCACAAUACACUCAAUUGUGUGCCUGUGUUAGAAAACAACACUGAGCUAAGCAGUCAGGUAAUUUCUGAUAAAGAGUCCUUGUUACGUCUGAAAAAACAGCCGAUAUACAUCGGUAUUGGCUGCUUUCAAUGCGUUGCGAAGUCAAGAAACACAUCUCAAGUUAUUAAACAAUCAACAGAGUAUUCUUACCAAGAUUAUUGCCAUACGCCUUCGAAAGCACAAGCAAAGGCGCAUCCAGAAUUUAAUCGUUUGCUCAUUGGUACACGUGCCACGAUAGGUAACGCAACAGUUGAAUUUAAUAUAUAUUGUAAAGUCGCACCUGUUGAAAAAAUCUUCAUACGCCAAUCAGUCCGUUCUGAUGGAAGUAUUGAUGCUAUAGCUACAUGGCAACACAGCAACUUACUUGGAGCAUCCUUGGUACGUGUGUAUGGAUUUUGCGUGAAGGUAACAUCACUCUUAACAUCACAUGUUAGUGAUUUUGGAAAUUGCUUCUAUGAUCUAAACAAUCAGAAGAAUAUAUACACCUACAAUCUCUCACACGUAACGAAUAUUUACGCCGAUAUUGAUUAUAAACUCGAGGUUGAGGCUCUACCCGUUUCCAGUCCUGUUCAUCAUUCCUUUACGAUCAAGUCCGCAACCGAACUUUGCGAAAAGUAUUUUGAAGAAAAUGGCGUUAUUCCCCUAAAAUGUCAAAUGGUAAAAAAUAUCACUGUAUCUCAUUGUACUUUCAAUAAAUCAGUGAAUAUUUCAUGGAUUGUACCAAACUUUACAAACAUCAAAAAUGUGACAUUCAUUCGAAUUUAUUCGAAUAAUUUUCUUAACACGGAGUUACCUAAGUCUCAGACAUUGAUUACACUCGAAAAUGUGGACGUGAAUACAACAGUUUAUAUUGAAUUAAAGCUCGCAGAUAAUUCCGAAAUUUAUUUGCACUCAGCAAGAGUGGAUUUAGCGCCCUGUCCAAAUAUGAUAACGACAACGACAACUUCCAAACCCACAACGAGUCCCACACGUAGAUCAAGUAUACUGCAACACAAAUGGAUGUUGGUCAUUAUAAUUCUCUCUGUUUUGAUCUUCUCUGUUGCAUUGAUUGCCUUCUUAAUUUAUUUUUGCGCAACUAAUUUACGAAAAGGACGCAUUCUACGAACUCCUUUAUCGACACCUCCAGAAAAUUACCCUUUGAACGAACCAGGAGAAAAAGUGAUGCUUGUUUAUCCACACGGCUGCCGAGAAGUGGAAAAUAUCGUUUUAUUUCUUGCGGCUCAACUCAAUUCAUUUGGUAUCGAAGUGUUGGUUGAUAAUUUACAGACUGAGAGAGUGGCAAAAUAUGGCUUGCCAUUUGUACUAAUGAAAGACUUUAAAGAUUCCAACUAUGUUAUAACUCUUUGUACAGAAUCAGAAACAAGUAACCUAGCGAGCCACCGUCCCUACAACUUCGUUAUGAACCAACUCGUUUCAACGGAUUGCGUUUUUCAAAAUGGCAGACGCUGUAUAGCUGUCUACUUCAGUAAGACACCAGAUCUAGUGCCAACCUAUCUUAGACAGAGAUGUUACUCAUUACCGCUCUCAUUCGAAAGAUUUGUCCAACAUUUACUUGGAAUACAAACAUUUUUUUCAUCAGUACACGAAAAGAUGUUCAACUUGAAAGUUGGUUACGUUGCUGACAGAAAAAAAGAAAUGAGAAUUUUGAUACAGUCCUUAAAUAUGGCCGAGCAUGGGUUAUGUAAUUCCGCCACGUGUAGAAAGGGACAGAAAACAGAAGACGAAGACUUUGAGUUUCCUUUAACAGAAGCUUUUGAGAAAGAGGCAAAAAAACAACAUUUUAACCAAGAUGAUUGCAGUUUGAAGUUUUCUUCAACAGAAUCUCUCACUGAAGACGAAAGUGUUCCACAAAAGACUAACUUAAAUGACGGGGCGGAGUACUAUACUUCAAUAAAACCGCCAGUGUACUAUGAUCAAGACAUACAUCAUUAUCCCCAAAAGAAUGACUGUCAGAGCGUGUCAUCACAGAAGAUGUUGAUGUCGCAAUUGUCAAGAAUCGAUGAAAUGGAACCCCUGGUAUGACACUUUGUGUGUUCAACUCGUGUAUAUAUAGAUUUUAAAACGGAUGUUCUGUUACAAAAAGAAUAAAAGAAGAUGCACUCUUAUUUUUAAUGGGUUUUUGUGAGCACUUGUAAAUACAGAAAAGCACCAUCUGUAAAUUUUUAAGUAAAUAUCAUUCCCGUCCGAUCAGAUGUUUCUCUCAAAGAGCUCUGGGGACGAGAGUGUGGUCAUUUUAUACUAUUUAUGAUGUCACAAAGGGAAGAAUAAUUAACGAUUGGUUAUUUUAAGUCAUGUUAAGGAAGUUUUAAAAAGGUUUCUUUAUUGCCAACUAGAAAGUGUAAAGUAACCUCAAACCCAGGGCCGUAUAGUCUUCUUUUUACAUGAAGAUAAAACGUGUAUCAUCCUUGCACUAAAAGAAACACUACAUACCCUUAAUUCGAGGUUGAUUUAGCGCCUUUUUUGAAAGUAUUCCAUUACACUUCCACCCUCGUCCCCAGGGAUUCUUGUCUUUUCGAUAUGAAAGAUUGCUCGCCGUCAUCUCAUACCUAAAACGCGAAAAUCCCUGGGGACGAGGGUGAUUAAAUCUCAUUCUCACCAUUCACAUUGUUUAUAAUGAUGUGACAUCUACAUUUCAAAAAUUUUACUUCGUCUAUCCCAAGUACUAUCUACGUCUCCAGGAUCUCUUAAUCCCUGAGCCCUUAUUUGGAGCAAUAAAAAGAAGACAAAAUUCCUUGGGAUCAAAAUAAAAAUACCGCUAACAAGUUGCUAGUGAAACGUGAAACAAAACAUUUUUUUAAUACCUUUGCACUACAUAAUUGCCUACUAAUAGGUUUUUGACUUCACCAUUGUGUGCAAACUUUUGGGUCAGCCAGUACUUAGAUGUUGAGGACAGCAGUAAGAAUUAUAAACAUUUAUAGAAAGUUGUGUAUUUAUUUAUAACUGCAUUUUCAUGUUAUUAACCGUUUUUUAAUUAUCUAUUUUUAACCAAAAAUACUUAGUUCACCACAUUUUGUAUAUAACAUUUUUUUAACAGUAAAAUUGUUAGUUGCUUU